GUCCUGCUACUCUCUGCCCUGGGCUCAGAGCUAUCAAGCACCCGCGGAUGGCGUUCCCGGGCAGGGCGCGCCCCCAUGUUAUCCCAGAAAAUGAAGAAAUCCCCCAGGCAGCCCUUAACAGUGUCCACCAGGCUAAUGGCAAUGAAGACGAGAGGGCUGUGUCCAAACUGCAGCGCAGGCACAGUGACGUAAAGGUCUACAAGGAGUUUUGUGACUUUUAUGCGAAAUUCAACAUGGCCAAUGCCCUGGCCAACGCCACCUGUGAGCGCUGCAAGGGGGGGUUUGCACCUGCCGAGAAGAUCGUGAACAGUAACGGGGAGCUGUACCACGAGCAGUGCUUCGUGUGUGCUCAGUGCUUCCAGCAGUUCCCGGAGGGACUCUUCUAUGAGUUUGAAGGAAGGAAGUACUGUGAACAUGACUUUCAGAUGCUCUUUGCUCCUUGCUGUCAUCAGUGUGGUGAAUUCAUCAUUGGCCGAGUGAUCAAAGCCAUGAAUAACAGCUGGCAUCCUGAGUGCUUCCGCUGUGAUCUCUGCCAGGAAGUUCUGGCAGAUAUUGGCUUUGUCAAGAAUGCUGGGAGACAUCUGUGUCGUCCCUGUCAUAAUCGUGAGAAAGCCAGAGGCCUCGGAAAAUACAUCUGCCAGAAGUGCCAUGCCAUCAUUGAUGAGCAGCCGCUGAUAUUCAAGAAUGACCCGUACCAUCCAGACCAUUUCAACUGUGCCAACUGCGGGAAGGAGCUGACUGCUGAUGCCCGGGAGCUGAAAGGGGAGCUGUACUGCCUGCCGUGCCAUGAUAAGAUGGGGGUCCCCAUCUGUGGAGCUUGUCGGCGGCCCAUCGAAGGGCGCGUGGUGAAUGCCAUGGGCAAGCAGUGGCAUGUGGAGCAUUUUGUUUGUGCCAAGUGUGAAAAGCCAUUUCUUGGACAUCGCCAUUAUGAAAGGAAGGGCCUGGCGUAUUGUGAAACCCACUAUAACCAGCUAUUUGGUGAUGUUUGUUUCCAUUGCAACCGUGUUAUAGAAGGUGAUGUGGUCUCUGCUCUUAAUAAGGCCUGGUGUGUGAACUGUUUUGCCUGUUCUACCUGCAACACUAAAUUAACACUCAAGAAUAAAUUUGUGGAGUUUGACAUGAAGCCAGUCUGUAAGAAGUGCUAUGAGAAAUUUCCAUUGGAGCUGAAGAAAAGACUUAAGAAACUAGCUGAGACCUUAGGAAGGAAAUAACUUCCUUUAUUUGUUUAUUCUCUUCUAUGCAAAGAAAAGAGAUUACCAACAUUAUUUGACUUGAUCCACACUAUUUAAAGCUGUAUCUUAAAAUAGUUGAGAGUGAAGAGGGCCUGUACAAAUGGUUUUCUUCAUCUCCUUCUUCUCAUUAAAAAAGAAAAAAAGCUUGUGUAAUCAUAUUUAAAACACACAUGAAAUCAAGAUUUGCUUUUGUUAAUAACCCUUAUCAAUUUGUCAAAAUAUAGAUUGUACUUAACCGCAAAAAAAAAACACACGGUUUAGAUGUUAGAUUUUAAUUAAGGUCCAAAAAAAUUAAUUUAACUUAAAAAUGGAAGUAAGGAAUCAGCUUUCACAUGACUCAGAUAAAAAUAGAAACAUUAUUUUACUUUGUAUUUGAAAGAAAAAUAAUUCCAACUGCUGUUGGGGAGGAUAGAA